AUGGAACAGAAGAAAAAAGAAAAGAAGGAGAAGAAAGAGAAGAAGGAAGAGAAGAAGGAGGAAGAAGUUGCUGCAGCUGUUCCUGAAAGCGGCGGCGGUGGGGGGGGCAAACGUGCACAGCGGGCCACCUCUAACGUAUUUGGCAUGUUCCCGCAAACUCAAAUCCAGGAAUUUAAAGAGGCCUUCACACUGAUCGACCAGAACCGUGAUGGCUUUAUCGAUAUUGAGGAUCUGAAAGAUAUGUAUGCAUCUCUUGGCCGAACACCCUCUGACAAGGAGCUGAAGGAGAUGCUCGAUGAAUCGCCAGGACCAUUAAAUUUUACUAUGUUUAUCAAUCUGUUUGGCGAAAAACUAAACGGUAAAUUUAUGAAUAUUAGUUUGUUUGUGUGA